CUCUCUCUCCUCUUCCUCCUGUUAGAUAUCUGGAGUCUUGGUGUGAUCCUGUUCAUGCUGGUGUGUGGACAGCCCCCCUUCCAGGAGGCCAACGACAGCGAGACCCUCACCAUGAUCAUGGACUGUAAAUACACUGUACCCACCCACGUCUCCAACGCCUGCAAAGAUCUGGUAGGCCGGAUGCUGCAGCGGGACCCAAAGGGCCGUGCGUCUCUGGAGGAGAUAGAGAGCCAUGCCUGGCUGCAGGGGGUGGACCCGUCCCCAGCCACCAAGUUCAACACCCCCCUGGUGUCUCAUAAGAGCCUGUCUGAGGAUGAGCACAACGGGAUCAUACAGCGCAUGGUGCUGGGGGACAUCGCAGACCGAGAGCCCAUAGUAGAAGCCCUGGAGACCAACAAGUACAACCACAUCACUGCCACCUACUUCCUGCUGGCUGAGAGGAUCCUGAGAGAGAAACAGGAGAAGGAGGUCCAGACACGCUCCUCCAGCCCCAGCAACAUCAAGGCCCAGUUCAGGCAGUCCUGGCCGACGAAGAUUGACAUGCAUCAGGAUAUUGAGGACAGUCUGGCAGCCUCCUCCAUCUGCCACGCUGGUGGUCCCCAGUCCCCCGCCCGCAGCGCUGAGAGCCUUCUCAACGGACACCGCACCAAAGGUCUGCUGGAGCUCCGCAGGGACGAGAGCAACGCAGGGGCCUCCGGUGCCCCUGCCCCCGUUUCUGGGCCCCCUAGAGCUGGGGCCACGGCCCCCACACCCUCCACCUCCUCAGCCAAGCAGCGCAGCUGCCUGUUCAGGGUGGAGGAGGAUGAAGAGGAGGAAGAGGACCCGUCCCCUCUGUCCACCCAAGUGAUCCUGCGUCGCAAGGCUCCAUCUAUCACCAACCGGCUGACCUCCAGGAAGAGCGCCCCAGUCCUCAACCAGAUCUUUGAGGAGGAGGGUGAGUCAGACGACGACUUCGACAUGGACGAGGGCCUGCCACCCAAACUCAGCCGGCUAAAGAUGAACAUCGCUGCUGCAGCGGCCGGGUCGCCGGGCACCACUCAGAAACGCUAUCACCGCCGCAAGAGCCAAGGCCGCGGCUCGUCCUGCUCCAGCUCAGAGACCAGCGACGACGACUCCGAGAGCCACCGCCGGCGUCUGGACAAGGACACAGGCUUCACCUACAGCUGGAACCGCAGGGACAGCAGUGAGGGCCCGCCUGGAAACUCAGGGGGAAAUGGUGGAGGGAGCAGUGGAGGGCAGAGUAAACCCCCCGGGGAGGGGGGCAGUCCUCCUGGAGGGGGAGGUGGGGGGAGUAGUGACAAUGGAGGGAGUGGUAGUAGUGGGGGGGGAGGAGGUAAGGGACAGGGUUCCCCCUCAAGUUGUUCUAACGGCAGCAGUAACCACUCGUCUUCAGGCUCAGGGUCCACGCGGAGACACUGUGCCUCCCGCAGCCCCGGGGCAGCAGAGCUGGUGGAGAGCCUGAAGCUCCUGAGCCUGUGUCUCAGCUCCCAGUUACAACACAGGGGGAGAAGUGGAGGCCCCGGCCUGGCAGGGGGGAUGGGCCAGUUCAUCAUAGACCCUCAGAACCUGUCCAAUAGUCUGUCCAGCAGCCUGUCAGCUGGCAGCGUCAAGACACAGGAGAGGUCCUCUUGGAAGAUGUGCAUCGGCUCCAAUGGCAGCUUGGACCUGGAGUUAGACACCAUCGCUCUGCCCACCACCGCUGUCAACACUCCAAGGUCAUACACAGACCAAACGGCAGCAGCACUUAGCGAACUGGCCCUGGCCACCAAGGAGAAUAACAAGCUGAACAACCUGAAAAAGAAUGUUCUCCAGCUACCUCUGUGUGAAAAGAGCAUCUCUGUGAACAUCCAGCGCAGCCCUAGAGAAGGGCUCCUGUGCACCUCUCAGGCCAGCUGCUGCCAGGUCAUAUGACACACACUCCCUGGCGACCCUCUGACACCACUCUGCCAGUCCAAUCUGUCCAACCACAGUCACCGCUGUAGCAUACGUCUGACCUCAGAACACCUCCCCAUCACAACCUGCCUUCUGCUGUUGUCUUAAAAGAUGACACUUGUUAUUGUUUUUGUUUGUUCACUAGGACCUAUGAGCUGCAUGCUGCAGGGGGUUCUUUUGUUUUGUCUCUGCUACAUCACUAGCUCCCCCUGGAAUGAGCCGAGGUAACAGAACUUAACUCAAUUCUAAGGUGAGUUGGGGUGUUGAUGUAAACAUAAAUAUGGAUGUUGGUUUGAUUUUAGAUGAACUAUAUUUUGGGGUACAAAAUACCAAACUUUUAACAGUGGGUAAGUAGUAGCACGUGAUAGUUAAAGGGUAAGCACUUAAAUUAGAUUAUUGGUCUACUGUCUACUAUGUAAAGGGUAUGCUAGGAGAGGUAGAGGAGGACAGGACAGAGAUACCAUACAGCUGGGAGAGGUAGAGGAGGACAGGACAGAGAUAC